CAAGUGAGUCUAUUCUUUGAAUCUUCAUUACCAGAGGAGUUAUCAUCUCACGGAAAUCAUGGUGAUGCCAAAACCCUGGACCCUCCUCAUUGCUUGUGCGCUGAUCAUUUGUCAGAUUUGUAUCUCACAGGCAGCUCCGUCCAGAAGUAGUAAGGAGUCCAUGUCGGAUGGCGUCACUCUAUCGAAUGACGACGCUCAAAGGUUACUGAGAGCGAUCAAGGAGUUCAUGCAGAUAACUGCAGAUGAGCAAGAUCACCAAACAGCUGACGGAGACAGCUUGGAUAGACCCAUGUCUAAGCGCUGCACCGGCUUGAGCACUUGUGUGCUGGGAAAACUCUCCCAGGACAUUCACAAACUGCAAACCUACCCUCGCACUGACGUGGGAGCAGGGACGCCUGGCAAGAAGAGAAGUCUAUCUGAGCAUUAUGACAACUACGGCAACUCAUACAACUGA